CACACACACAGUGCCUCACUGAAUAUUAAUUUGAACCAAAGAAGCCAUCUUUGCCAACAAACUGAUACAGAGUUACUCAGCUCCAUACUCCAUUAGAAUCUCUCUUGUUUCUCUCUCCAAAACACACACUGAAACACACACACAGUGCCUUACUGAGUAUAAUUUUGAACCAAAGAAGCAAUCUUUGCCAACAAGCAGACACAAAGUAACUCAGCUCCAUACUCCAUUAGAAUCUCUCUUGUUUCUCUCUCCAAAACACACACCAAAACACACACAGUAGCUCCAUUAGAGAACCAAUAAAGAACCCAACUUUUCCCCACACUCCACACCUAAAAAAAAAUGGCUUCCAUCUCCCUCUUCACACUCUACAUAACACUGCUCCUCCCAUUUCUGCCACCCACCACAGCCUCACUUUCUCUCUCAUCAUCAAAAGCCAACACAACAUCUCUCUCUCUACUAAUAAAAAUCAAAUCUUUAUUAGACCCUCAAAACCUGAUUCUCACAACAUGGUCACCCAAUGCCACUCAGCCAUGCAAUGGCUCAUUUGAAGGGAUCGCCUGCAAUGAGUAUGGUCAAGUGGUCAACAUUUCCUUGCAGGGCAAAGGGCUUUAUGGUCAAAUCCCACCUGAGAUUGGCCAGCUCAACAGCUUAUCUGGGUUGUACCUCCACUUCAAUAAGCUUCAUGGGGUUGUACCUAAGGAGCUUGCUAACUUGACUCAACUCUCAGAUUUGUACCUCAAUGUCAAUAACCUCUCCGGUCAUAUUCCUCCUCAGAUUGGUCUUAUGCCCAAUUUGCAAGUGUUGCAACUAUGUUACAACAAGUUAAGUGGGAAUAUUCCAACUCAGGUUGGAUCUCUAAAGAAACUCAAUGUUCUUGCUCUACAAUCCAAUCAGUUGAGUGGUGCAAUUCCUGCUAGUUUAGGAGAAUUAUUAUUAUUAAACAGAUUGGAUUUGAGCUUUAAUCAUCUGUUUGGAUCAAUCCCACUUAAAUUGGCUGAUCUACCCCUGCUCAAAGUUCUCGAUAUUCGAAACAACACUCUUUCCGGCAACGUCCCUCUAGCCUUGAAGAAACUCGACGAAGGCUUCCAGUAUUCGAACAACGCAGAAUUAUGUGGAUCCGGUUUCCCUUCUCUACAAAUUUGCUCUGCUUCCACUCCAAAUUCAAAUAAACCAGAACCAUUCGGAGCUGACACAAACCAUCUACCUUCUAAAAACAUUCCCGAGUCUGCAAAUGUCCGAGAUAACAAACUGAAUAAUUCAAGAAAAUCCCUAUCUGCCGUUGUGGUUGGAGUGGCAGGAGUAAUUAUCGCUCUGGCGGUAGCAGGGCUUCUCACAUUCACAUGGCAUCGCCGUCAGAAACAAAAAAUCGGAAGCACAUGUGAUAAUGGCGAUAGCCGGUUGAGCACCGAUGAUGUCAUGGAGGUACGUAGGCGAAGUGCUUCUCCUCUUAUUAGUCUCGAGUAUUCGAACGGGUGGGACCCACUGGGCAAACGGGAUGAAGUAAGCAGUUUCUCACAGGAGGUUUUCGAAAGCUACAUGUUCAAUUUGGAUGAAGUGGAAUCGGCAACACAGUACUUUUCGGAGACGAAUUUAUUGGGAAAGAGUGGUUUUUCAGCUAUCUAUAAAGGGAUGUUGAGGGACGGAUCUAUAGUUGCGAUUAAGUGCGUUUCGAAGGUUAGCUGCAAAUCGGACGAAGCUGAAUUCGUUAAGGGAUUGAAAGUGUUGACCUCGUUGAAACACGAGAAUCUAUUGAGGUUGAGAGGGUUUUGUUGUUCGAAGGGCAGAGGAGAGUGUUUUCUCAUAUACGAAUUUGUUUCGAACGGGAACUUGUUGCAGCACCUUGAUGUGAAGGAAGGUGGUAGAAAGGUUCUUGAUUGGCCUACUCGAAAAUCUAUAAUCAGAGGAAUUGCUAAAGGUAUUGAGUAUUUGCAUGGAAGCAAGAACGGAAAACCAACACUAGUCCACCGAAACAUUUCUGCGGAAAAGAUUCUAAUCGACCAACACUACAAUCCUCUUCUCUCUGAUUCGGGCAUUCACAAGCUAUUAGCAGACGAUAUAGUUUUCUCGACGCUCAAGGGAAGUGCUGCAAUGGGCUACCUUGCGCCCGAAUACACAACAACAGGUCGAUUCACCGAAAAGAGCGAUAUCUACGCCUUUGGAAUGAUAAUAUUCCAAAUUUUAUCUGGCAAAAGCAGAAUCACGCAGUUAAACUGUCACGGGGCGGGAAUAUCAAGAUUUGAGGACUUUAUAGACGUAAGUCUUGCUGGGAAUUUUAAGGAAUCGGAGGCUGCUAGGUUAGGUGAAGUUGCUCUUCUCUGCACUCACGAGUCGCCCAAUCUCAGGCCGGAGAUUGGGGCGGUGAUGCAAGAAUUGGAUGGCAUCAUCACUUCCAAUUCUUGAUCGGAUUUUCCGAAAACCGUAUUAUGAGGAAACACGCACGCCCCAUGCUACUAAUUUCUUACUAACUAGUGAUUAGUGAGAGAUAAUCUCUGUUUUGUUAGUUGUUAGCGAGAGAGAGCAGUCGAGAAGUAGAUUGCACACG